AUGGACCUGUAUUGCUGGUGCUUAUGCAAAGCAGAGGUCUGCCUUGGCAUUGCUUGCAAGGACCAGGAGUUCAUUCUUGCAGAUUGCUGUUUCGGUAGUCUGGAUGAGAGGAUCCAUGAGUUGACCGUUUUUCUCUCAACGUGCAGAGGAAGAUUUGACAGUGUCGUUGCAUUCAUUAGGGAAUGCCGCGAUCUCUUUUUUCCCCGUCUUCUCAACCCUUGCUCUUUACAUCCUCAGCACAGGCGUCAGACGUCCAUCUCCGAAAUGCCAUGA